GCCUGGAGUUUUCUAGAGAGGAACAGUGUGGACAGUGGCCGCAGGGUAUGGACACAUUUGUUCUACCAUAGCAUAAAACAGUGCUGAGUCCAAAUUCUAAAGAUGAGAAGUUACACAAUUCAUAGUACUGCUUUAAGAACUCACAAAUUUCGUGAAACUUCGAUAGGGUGCAACUUUAUUACUUCAUACCCUUAAUAGCUUAAAUCAUGUCAUAAUUUCCACUGAAACAGUUAUAUUUAACUGCUUAGAGAAAGCAUGAGUGGAGAAUUGGAAGAAAAUGAACUAACAGAAAUAGAUGCAGUUCGUUCAGUAAACAAUAAUACUAACGAUGAUCACAUCUCAUCAGAAAGGCAGUCUUUUGUAAACACCCUGGAUCAUCAUUCUGAUAGAUACAAUAUUUCUGUGUCUGAAGGGCUUAAAGUUCUCAUUAUCAUUAACAAUGUUAAGUUUGAAAAAGCAAACAAAAAUUUGCCAACAAAUAAAAGAUUAUCUGAAAGAAUUGGCAGCGAUGAAGAUGUUAAAUAUAUCAAGAAAACCUUUACUGACUUAGACUGGAAGAUUGAUGUAGAUCUUGUUCUGCAUGAUCCGAGCAAAUGUAAAAUCAAAGAACAAAUCAAAGUCAUCCAAGACACAAAGGUUCUUCUUAGCUGUAUUGCUGUUUUCAUUAUGAGUCAUGGUGAAGAAAAUGAUACAAUUUGGGCAGAUGAUGAUUGUUAUAAUCUCAAAGAAGAUAUUAUUGAGCAGCUAGCAGCUGAAAAUUGUCCAUCUCUAGCAGGCAAACCUAAACUUGUUUUUGUGCAGGCAUGCCAAGGGGGGCAUGCUGAUUCUGGAACCUGGGUGAAAAAUAAAAUCAAAGAUUAUUCUGAUGCAACUGCAACACCAAGUAACAUGGAGACAAACUCACAAAAAUAUGAAUAUGUAAAAAUUCCAAAUUAUGCAGAUAUUUUUGUGUUUAAAUCAGCAUACACAGGUUACCUAUGCUUUAGAAACCAAAAUGGAUCAUGGUUUGUGAGCGAACUUUGCAGUAUUAUCUCCUCUAGUACCCCAGAUAUGGAUUUAGGCUCCAUUGCUCUGAAGGUCACAGAAUCAGUCUCAAUAAAACAAAGUUCUUCAGACAAGAAGAAACAAGUACCUAUGGUUCAAAGCACCCUAUUGCGAAAGAUAUUCUUAAAAGAACCAACUGCUAUAUCUGAAACUGCAGCUCAAAUAGUAGAAGAAGUUGAUGGAAAAAUAAUUCGGCAGAAAAGCUCAAGAUGGAAAAGAAUAAAAAAAUAUUGCAUGGGAGAGAAAAAAUAGUAGCAUAACAACAAUGUUUAACACUAUUUAGUAUUUAUAGUUCUUUAUUGAUCAGAACUAUUAUUUUAGUUAGCCCUUUGAUUUAUGUAAAUUGAUAUUUUGUAAACUAUUAUAAUUUAAAUAAUUGUUUGGAAGUACAGGGUGUCCCAUAAAACAUGGGAAU